CCUGAACACCAAAUAGGGCACAACUACGUGCACUUUAGCGAUAUGACAUUUCUCAGCAAUGUGGAUGGACAACGCCGCAAUUAAGUUGAUGCCGGGGCGUUGUGGGUCUGCACCCAGUACUCGGUGCCGCUUCAAUCUUGCUUUAGCAAACUAUGCGAUUCCACCAUGAAGGCCAGUAUAAGAACUAUCUCGUUCCCAUGUAAUAUCGCCAUCAAGUAACUGGCUUCUACAUUCGUUUCUUCGACUUCCUUCGCUUCCAUUCAAUUGCAUUUCCAGGCUAGUCCUGUCCAUUCGUUUCACCAUUCAAACAUUUGUAACGAAACUUUUACAACAUCACAAUGAAGGUCUCAACCUCUGUCCUUGCUGGUGUCGCCUUCGCCAACUCUGCUGCUGCGCACUACUUCUUCGACAAGCUCGUCAUUGAUGGCAAGGAGACCAACUCUAUGCAAUAUGUCCGCGAGAACACCCGCCCGGAAAAGUACAACCCCACCAAAUGGAAGAAUACCCGCGAUGACAUGACCCCUGAUCUGACCGACUUCCGCUGCAACAAGGGUGCUUUCGAGAGCGCUUCCCGCACGGAGACUGCCGAAGUCCAGGCCGGCGCUACGCUCGCCAUGAAGCUUGCCGUAGGAGCCACCAUGCAGCAUCCCGGUCCCCAGCUCGUCUACAUGUCCAAGGCUCCAUCAACCGCUCAGUCCUACGAGGGCGACGGCGAUUGGUUCAAGAUCAUGGAGUCUGGUGUUUGCGACCCAAGCAAGGACUUCACCAAGGAUGCAUGGUGCUCUUGGGACAAGGACCGCAUCGAGUUCACCAUCCCGAAGGACACUCCUGAUGGCGAGUACUUGAUCCGUCCCGAGCACAUUGCUCUCCACGGAGCUCACGACGGCCAGGCCGAGUUCUACUACGGCUGCGCUCAGGUCAAGGUCACCGGCGGUGGCUCUGGUGCGCCUUCAGAAACGGCUAAGAUCCCUGGAGUCUACAAGGUCAACGACCCCGAGGUCAACUUCUCGCUCUGGGGCGGAUACAAGGAGUACACCAUACCUGGCCCGGCUCUCUGGACUGGCGGUGGCUCCUCCGGUGGGUCCUCCGCGGGCAACACCACCGAGCAGAACGAGCUUCCUUCCACCCCGUCUGCCGUGGCCACACCUGCUGCUUCCGUGGCGCCAUCUGCCAGUGCACAAGCUGGAGCUGGGCGCAUAUCUCUACUGUUGUGA